UAUACAUCGUACAUGUGAUUGUUUUGGAUAGUAUACUGGCCAAAUCUCAUCUAAAAACAACAUACUUGAAUAAUGAUUAGAAUUUGAUCGGCAUUGAUUUGUAUAUUGAGUUUAUCUAAGCAUUUAUAUUACAAACAUGAACUCGCUGCUUUCCUCAAAUCUUUCUGGAUUAUUUCGGAGAUGCUGCAUCAUUCAGACAACCAGUGCAUGGAGAAAUUAUGCAACGCCGAAGCCGGGAGGAGCUCUUGGGUCAAAGAAAAAGAAACUCGGUAAAUUGGGCCCUGUGGUAGAGAAAAAGGUUAUGCCAGUUGAAACCGAUGCCACAAAACUUGUAAGUUAUGUGUGCGGAAGUAAUUUUAUGAAAACCGGCGAGGAUAUCAAAAUAAAACCCGACUCUGAGUACCCGGAGUGGCUGUGGAAUUUACACGUUGGUAAACCACUAACGCUGGCUGAAAUGGAUCCCGACAGUAAGGCAUACUGGAGAAAAUUGAGACGGAUGGGUCUGCAACGAAACAAUAAGCUGUCGAAGCUGAAAAAGUUUUAAUUUGGUGUUCCAGAAGCUAUAAAUAUUAGAAUAAAAACUUUUUCUGGCUUAGCGAAA